AUGUAGAUGACUUAAAAUGUGCCCCAUUUGGAAGCUGUAACAGUGGGUCUGCAGUCAGCAGCCUGGCAAGCUAUGACUGGUCUGACAAAGAAGACAUUCAUCAGGGCAAGAAGCUCUCCUCCUUUGUCCAGUCUGCAGGAAGUGGAUCCUCCGCGGCUACUUCUGUUCUUCAGAAGAAGGAGACCUUGUUUGGCAGUUCAGAAAACAUUACCAUGACAACAGUUUCCAAAGUGACAACCUUUUCCAGUGAGGAUGCUUUACAGGAUGUUUCCUUUGCAGCCUUUGCAAACUUUAAAGACUCUGGACCAAUAUCCAGCGGUCCAAGUGACGAUGACAUCGGAGACUUUGGUGAUUUUGCAAGACCUUCAUCAGAAGCGCAGGACGCAGCAGCAGCUGAUGCAAACGAGGAGGCAGAUUUCCUUGCUAGUGGUAUCUCUUCUGAACUGCGAAGAGAGUCCACAGAUGACUUUGGAGAAUUCCAAAGUGAAAAGCCAAAAAUCAGCAAGUUUGACUUCUUGGUGGCAACUUCCCAAGGCAAGGUGAAAUCUAGUGAAGAAAUGAUCAAGAGUGAACUGGCUACUUUUGACCUGUCUGUUCAAGGGUCUCAUAAAAGGAGCUUAAGCCUAGGUGACCGAGAAAUAAGUCGCUCUUCAGCUUUACCAGUUUUGGAACAGCCAUUUAGAGAUCGUUCAAAUACUCUAAGCGAGAAGCCUGCUUUGCCUGUCAUCAGAGACAAAUACAAAGACUUGACUGGGGAAGUUGAGGAAAGUGAGAGGUAUGCAUAUGAAUGGCAAAGGUGCUUGGAGAGUGCCCUGCAAGUUAUAAAGAAAGCAAAUGAUACCUUAAAUGGGAUAAGUAGUUCAUCCGUCUGCACUGAAGUCAUCCAGUCUGCUCAAGGCAUGGAAUAUUUACUAGGGGUUGUUGAGGUCUACAGAGUGACAAAGAGAGUUGAACUGGGUAUCAAAGCAACGGCUGUGUGUAGUGAGAAACUCCAGCAGCUGCUGAAGGAUAUUGAUAAAGUGUGGAACAACCUAAUAAGCUUCAUGUCCCUUGCUGCUUUAGCGCCAGAUGAAAACUCGCUGGAUUUCUCUUCCUGUAUGCUGCGUCCAGGGAUUAAAAAUGCCCAAGAUCUUGCCUGCGGAGUGUGCCUCCUAAAUGUGGAUUCAAGAAGUAAAGCCUUUAAUUCAGAAACGGAUAACUUUAAGCUGGCGUAUGGAGGGCACCAAUACCACGCGAGCUGUGCAAACUUCUGGAUCAACUGUGUGGAGCCCAAGCCCCCGGGUCUCAUUCUGCCAGACCUGCUCUGAAAGCAGUUGCGCUGAAGAUGGAAGCGUCGGGUCUAAUAAUUCAGGACACUUGGGGUAAACUGUGUGAUAGGGUAAGUGGAAAGGCUU